GACGGCUGGGGACGGAGUGUGUCCGGCGCCCAGCCACACAUCAACGGAGCGAACCGCGAAGACCACACUGGCCCCGCGGCCGAAGCUCCGCCUCUCGGACCUCGGGACUAAUCGGAUUGAAAGCGCGCCGGGCCCGGGCCCCGAACUCGCCAAUUGAGGAGGGCGUCAGUCACCGCCCAAUCCGGGGCAGACAGGUGCGAGGUCCGGAAGGUGGAAGCCAAUCGGCAGCGGUUGCGGCCUGCGGGGGCUGGACUCAGCCAAUGAGGAGGCUCGAGUGACGGCUGAGAGGACCAAUCGAGAGUGAGGAGCGGUCGUGCCCGCCCGCCCUUCCGGCCGGAGCUCUAUUUACCAGGGGCGUGCUGCUUGCUUGCCAAUCAGAGUGCGGCUGAGCGGCCGGACAGCCAACCCCGGAGGAGCGGCCGGCUGGCGGCCGCCGCACCCAGAGUUGGGAUGUCCUACAAACCCAUCGCGCCCGCCCCCAGCAGUACCCCCGGCUCCAGCACCCCCGGGCCAGGCACCCCGGUCCCUACAGCCGGAAGUGUCCCAUCGCCAUCGGGCUCAGUGCCAGGAGCUGCAGCACCUUUCAGACCACUGUUUAACGACUUUGGACCGCCCUCCAUGGGGUAUGUACAGGCGAUGAAGCCACCUGGUUCCCAGGGCUCUCAGAGCACCUACACGGACUUGCUGUCUGUCAUAGAAGAGAUGGGAAAAGAGAUUCGGCCCACCUAUGCUGGUAGCAAGAGUGCUAUGGAGCGCCUGAAGAGAGGCAUCAUCCAUGCCCGGGCACUGGUCAGAGAGUGCUUGGCAGAAACAGAACGCAAUGCCCGCACGUAACAGGAAGCACCUUGGCCUUUCAUCGGGACCUUUCCGGCUACUGCAGAGCACCUGCCUGGCCUUCACCCCAAGUUGCUUCCUAUUCUGGGCUUCCUGUCCUGUGUCCCUGGUGGGCAUCCUCCAGGGACCAGGUAGCAGAUCUUCCUCCAGUUGGGCUCUUCCAUCUGCAGGAGUGAGUAGAGAGACCACCGUGAGUCCCACCAUGACCUGCUCACAAUGCCGAUCUGACUGGAGCUUGCUCCUCUCUGUGGCCCCGCCACAUCGCACUUACUUCUUAAAUCUUAGUCCAGGCCUCCUCCUCCCCCUCCAACAGGAGUGUAGAAGGUCUCCCUGCCUCAUCUCUGGGGCCACAGCCGACUCUUUUUGGUGUGUCUUUUACUAAAUACGCCCUUUUUAUAUAAAUAAAAGAUGAUUUGGAGUCAUUCUCUCA